UGGUCGGUUGCUCCUCGCCGCUAUAAAACACGGACAAGAGUACUAGACUCCGCAGUCCGCAGGUAAGAAGAGAAAUCCGUGCUCAACCGGAUUGGGACGGCACCCCAGCCAACCAAAGUCUUCUUGUAGCUAAUACUUCGCGUACAGUUCUGAAUAUGCGUUCAGGAGUUUUCUUGUUGCUGGCGUUUAUGACAGCUUUUCAUGAAGCUAAUUGCAGCACGUUUUUGCACGAAAGGCUCAUCACAGCAAAGGUACACAAACGGCAGACGCCCGGAGAGAACCAAUGUAUUGAAGAGAAGAUGGAUGCAUAUUUUCAAGGAAACACUUCCGUUUUUGUGACCAACUGCAAAUAUGCUGCCCUGGAAGAAGUGGAGUUUGAUUUGGAUAUGAGGGCUGAGUUACAACAACAACUUGAGUUAUCUUUUGGCUUUUACUGCAACCCUGAGUGUGGGAUUGUAAUAAAUGAUGUUUUAAACGAAUGCGGAGUGUAUAGCACUCCUGGCAUUGAAAAAUUUAAUGUUGAUUUGUGCGGGACAAAUGAAAAUGGAACCAAAUGUUAUCGCUUGUAUGGCAAGGCCUUGGAUUCUAUAACUACUGAAGCAAGUUGUUACCAGACAUUGACCAGUUCAGGUAAGUGCAAUUGCAGCUCUGACCUAAGAGAUGCAGUUGAAGAACAAGGCUGCUGCAUAGACGCCUACUACGACUUCAUUUCUAAUGCCUACAGUCCCAGAGCUCUGUACGAAGGCUGCAAUGAAGAUUUUCCAACUGAUGGCUGCAAUAACAGCCCUUUACCAUAUUCUGGUUCUCCAACCAACAGUAUUAUGACAGUUGCGGUCACCACAGAUUCUGGUUCUCCAACCAACAGUAUUAUGACAGUUGCGGUCACUACAGAUUCUGGUUCUCCAACCAACAACAAUAUUAUGACAGUUGCUGUCACCACUAUUACUGCUGUUAUUGUUUCUCUGAGUAUAUCUCAGUAUUGACAGCAUGGUCACACGGAUCAUUGGACAGUGUAAAUAGCUAUUAUAUAGGUUGGAGGUUUUUUUGUAUAUUUACAUUCUCAUGAUGUAGCUAGCUAAUUAUAUCUU